GACUCGAUAGUAAACAGCUGGCGACGCUCUGCGUCAGUGCGAAACGUUGAACGGUGCUGCGCGGAGCUGGGUCAUUUGUCUUCUCUCCUCCUACUUUUUUUCUUUCUUCACGUCUAAUUAUAUAUCCUUCCGACCGACGCAUUCUUGGCCACUGUCCAACCAGUCCUCGCGAGUGUAAAGCGCAAAAACAUUCCAAGUAACAUUCGUCUGUAUCGACGAGAGAGAGCUCUGCGUCGUUGUGGAAAAGCCGCGGGGAAAGCGGAGUCUCUUUGUUCGAUGCGACGCGACGGCUCUGCGCAUAGACUGGCGGUGGCGCAGCAUCGUCUGUGUGUUGUGUCGUGCGGUCGGUUUGGUACUUUCGUCGUCCCUCAUGCGUAAGACGGGACGCGAGCCAAGAAUACACAUGACUAUUAAUAGUAGUAAAUCUACGUAUUGCGCAUUGUCGCAUCAAUCGCGCAGAUUCGACAAGUAGGAAAGAAUCCUUGUCCCCGAAUCCUCGUCGAUGUGAACGUCGAGCAAAACGGGAGAAAAAAAAGGAUAGAGAGGGAGAGAGAAAACGCAGCGGACGCGGUAGCGUAACGCGGCGCGUGAGUGCUUUGUUUUGGCGAGCAGCUGAUCCGAGGCGGCUGUCCGUACGUGACACGAUAGACGCGAAACACGCGUCAGCCUGCACAUUUAUAUCUCUCCGACGUUAGGAGCGAUCGGCUGCUUGCGCGCGAGCGCAUUUUCGCCAAAACCCGGAAAGCCGCUGCUGUUGGAACAAAAGUAGACGUCCGCCGAUUGAUUUCGAUGCCUACCUAAACGUGUAGAGGCGGCAACUUGGCAGCUCGAAUCGAUCGCGCCAACGGAGACGCUCCGAGAGAGACGGAAAGAGAGAUUUAAAGAACGCUCGGCUUCCUCCCUUCGAGAUUUCUUGAGGGAAAUCCCAUAUGAAAAUAUACUCUGGUGACGUUUCAAUUAAAUUCUUGAACAUCGCGUCCGCUAAAUUGAUUGUGAGGCUCGAUGACACGUUCGUGAAUCACGAAUUGCGUUGCACGAAGAUUGCGACGUAAGGUUGCACUAGGUGACGUGAUCGACCCGGUGUUUCUAGUCUCCGCGGAAAGUAGAAAGCGGAGUCGAUCAUAAAAUCGUAAGAACGACGUCCCGCUGUUAGUAGUUUAGUCCCUGCGAAAAGAUUCCAGUUUUCAAAGAAUUAGCUUUUCCGCAGUCGCGGAACAAAGGAAACAAAGAACUGGCGCGACGCCCCAUAGUGAGGAAAGACGGUUAGAGCCGAUCUCUUGGGAUUUUCGAGACCAUAUAACCUUUAAAUCCCAGGUAGAGAGGCUGCGAAGGAAUUUUCGAAGCGCACUCGAGAAAUCUGGAUGAUAUUGCGCGACGUGGUGCGACUCUCACGUAGCUGGGCUUCGUCUCGAGACCGACGUCGAGAAUCAUCGCGUUGAUCGAUGCGGCAUAGUCUCGAAGGGGCCGUCCUCGCGAACGACCAGGAACGUGGGGUACGGCCCCGAUCGAGCUGACUAGACGAACCGUCGAGGCCGUGGGCCUCCUGUUGCUGACGGGGCCCGUGACGGCGGCGAAUACAUCCACGUUUCUCUGUCGUUGAAGACUUUUAACCGACUUCCACGAUGCUCUACAUCUUUCACGUUGACACCGGCACUACCAUCACCUUCGACAUCAAACUGGCUCUGCAAAACGUGAGCCAGCUGAUGGAAGCGAUCGAGAGGGAAUGCGGUGUAGUAGCGACGCAUCAGGUGCUGCUUAUGAGCGGAGGCGAGUGCCUGGAACCCACUGCACGCGUAUGCUCUUACUCGGCUGGAACCGACACGAAUCCGAUCUAUCUGUUCAGCAAGGCUGCCAUUGAGAAUAGCCUUCCGCCCACGCCGAGUAUAGAUUACGGUUCCGAUGUGGAUCUUCAGUCCCAGAUCGAUGCUUCGCUGGCGAUGCCGGCCACCUACCAGACCCUCUGUGCACGUGCCCAUCUGGCUCAGCAGUGUUGCGGCCUGGCACGAGAGCAGACGAGAAUCUGCGAGAAGCUAGUUCACGAUCAGCACCUUCAACAGCAGGGUUGGGCCGCGGUAGUUGCAAAUCUUGAGGAUAUCACGCAAAUGUUUCAGUCACGUGCCGAGCAAUUCCAACAAGCCUUUGUCGUGUAUCUCGCGGAGAGGCAGCAACAUAUGAAGCUCCUUGAGAAUUUUAAUGCCGAUCUUGGUACUCUCGCGAAAAUUCCUAUUUUGCCGGCUUUGAGAGCUCAAGCGGAGGGCUUGUUGAGUCCGGAUGACCAGCCCAGUCAAUCGUCUGAAGCUACGUCGGAGAGUCCCGUGGAAGUACUAAGCUUGCUUCGAUGGAUUUCGGCGAAAGACAAUCAGAGCAGUUUGGAGCAAGUGGCGGAGCAAUGCUCGCGCGGCUUGGAGCAGUUCGAUGAACGAUUGAUGCAGACUUUGAAAGCCGAAGUGAACGGGGCCAUCGAUAGCGCCAACAAGCAGGAUAUGAAGGAGAUCAAGGGUUUAGGCGAGAGGCUGUACGCUCUGGAACAGCUAAUGGCGCAGACCAAAAAGCUCGUUCACGAGCAGGGUGAAUUGGCUCAAGGUUUCCUGCAGAAUCAGAGUCGGGCGAGCAACCUGGGCGAUGCGAGCGUUUUGCCCGACCUUUGCACCUCCCAUCGACGGCAAUUGCUGGUGAUGUUGCAGAAUCACAAUCAAUUGCGUGACAUCCGUCGCAGAUGCACCAAAGCGAAAGAGGAACUGUCGGUGAACAUCUAUCAUCGUCUCAAGUGGAUCAUGUACGUGGAAAACAAGAUGGUGGAAGUCGGCAACAAGUUGAUCAUAUAUCACGAAAGCUUAAAGCGAUUGAGAAGGCAUCUGGAAGUGCUCCAACAAAUUCAUUUGGCUCCGCAAAUGUACAUAAGCGCGGUGAUCGAAGUGGUCAGAAGGCGCACAUUCUCGGAAGCCUUUCUUGUAUGGGCCAGCAAUCUGGCUUGCCAGCUGCUGACCGUUCACAGCGAAGAGCUGGCGCGUAGACGAGAGUUUCAGAGCAAAUUCAACGGCCACUUCUUGAACACCCUCUUCCCGGGUCUGGAAGACACGCCGCCGCCUUUCGCGACACAGGCACCUUCCGUUUUUGACAACGGAUUACCCAAGCUAACCGCGGACGACAUGGAGUCAUUGAGAUCGCAGCUUCCUGAUUUGGCGCUUACCAUCUCUACGCCAGAUUUAAACAACAUUACACAAUUCUUUCUAUCCAAGAGCUUCACUGAAGGCAGCACUGAUGACAUCAAGAAAGACGCUACAUCAGUGAGCAUUGAUAUUUCAACAAAGGAACAAGAGCGCGCUAGAGCGCCGAUAUUGUCCGACAGGGGUGAUUUUGAAUCCGAAACAGAUACGGAGGAAUUUGAAAAGAUCAGUCAGGCCGGUGCUGACGCGAGCAAGCCCGGCGGGUUCGACGGAGCGAAACAGAAGCGGCAGAAGCAAUUGGAGGUUGGUGCCUCACGAAGCGUGUCCCCCGCUUCGUCGACCUCGACUAACGUCUCCCCGUUAAAUUCGAAAGUCGCGGAUUUAACGACGCGUUCGUCCACGUCAAGCGAACCCGGCUCUUUCCAAUUUCCCAGCCUGUCCGCCACGAGCGAGCGUCCGGCGCAGCUGAGUCCGCUGACUGAGUGCGCGGAAAACGGCGCCGCCGAUUCAUCCUCCGUUUGUCUGCUCCGUAACAACGCGAGUGGCCUAUCAAACUAUCGCGACACUCUGCCGCUCGAGGAACAGCAUUCCCUGAGUCCAAAUCCCCCUUCCUUACCACGGUCCUCCGUCAUGUGCGACGACCAGCAGCAUCAUUAUCAUCAUCCGUUGUCCGGUAGCGGUGGUAGCAGUCCCUCUGUCGGCGUAGGCGCUACCGAUUUUAUGGGUACCGAGUUUUACAUGGACGAGUCUCUACCGAGCAGUCUCAGUGAACAUCCUGUCAUCGACGGCCAGCAUCAGGCUAUUGUGUCCCUCCUUCAGGAAAAUCUCGGUAACACACGCGAGGAAGUGGAAAGAUUGCAAUCCAUUCUAAAGACUAUGAAGGUAGUCGUAUGCGAGGAAUUGAGUUCCGUACGGAACGAACUGACGAUUCUGCGUGAUCAAUCCAAAAAGGAUAAGAACGGUAUCGCUGAGAUGACGGAGCGCGUACGAGUGGCGUUGUCCUUGUAUUCCCGCGAGUGUGAUCGACGUCUUCAAGAGCGCGAGCAGGAGUUAACGCUCGAGCACGAGUUCGAGAUCACGGACGUCAAGAAGCUGAUACAGAGUCACAAGGAAGAAAUUUGCACGCUGAAGGAUAAUCUCCUGGAAAAGGAGACGGAAUUGACGGAGCACGAGCGACUGAUGGCUACGAUGCGUCAAAAGCUGGAGGACGAGCAGAUUGAGAGGGGGGAUCUGCAGACCCGUCUGCACCAGCAGCUCGAGGACUAUUCGAGAAUAUUAGAACAAGCGCGCCUAGAGAAAGAAGAGGCUGUGAAGAAGACGAACGAUGAGAGAUUUCUCGAGAUCACGUCUCUGACGAAUUCUUUGACGCAAUGUCAGAAGCGGAUUCACGAAUUGGAAGAGAACCUGAUCGCUGCUCGCAAUGAUCAGGAAAGAAUGGUGAAAGAGGUAACUGAUAAGUUCCAAAUAGAAUAUAAGACGGAGCUGGAAACGAUUCGAAGCCGCUUCAAACUAAUGGCCGCCUCUACCAUGGAAAGAAGUCCCAGCGAUUCCAGUCUAGAGAGGAUUGAGCGGACAGAUGUUAUCGAGCUGGCUAAUCACGAAGCGAUUUUAGAGCAAACGAGGGAAAAUAUGAAAGUGGAAAACGCCAUGGCAGUUCGUACUGCUAUAGAAAAGGAGAGAGCUGAUUGUAUGAUAAAAUUAGAUAACGAAUUGAAAUUAGCAAAGAAAGUAGUUGAAGAGAAAAACAGGGAGAUUGAGAUACACAAAUUAAGAACAGCUAUGUUGAUCAAAGAGAGCAACAGUUACAAGGCUACGAUAGAUCGAUUAAAUGGAGAAUUUGGAUUGAAGUCGGAAACGCGACAAACUAUGAAGGAGAAGGUGAAAAAUCUUGAAGCAGACAAAACGUGGCUAGAGAGCAAAGAGGCUGCAGAAAAGAUGCGAACGAUUCUGGAACAAAACAAAGAUAAUCUAUACUCUCUAGAAUCUGAAAUAUGCAAGGAUUUAACCUAUGAUCGAUUGGAUGGCAGUCAAGUCGAUCUGGAAGAAGCUUUCAAAGAUCCGGAAUCCGAAAAAUACGAAGUUGAGGUCUCGGAAUCAAAGAAAGUGCGACUGGAGACUGAUGAUGACGAUCUGGCUCGGCUAUCGAGACGACUUGAAAUUUUAGAAAAUGACAACAAGAGGCUGUCUUGCGAGUUGAAUUCAAUACGUGCGAGCAAAAUGGCGGCUGAAGCAAAGGUAGAGGCAUUAAUGACGGAUAAGAUCUGUUUGGAAAUCGAAUUACUGAAGGAACGAACCAAGCGGGAACUUGGUAUCGACUCAUCGUUGUUACCCUCCGAGACUCGCGAUAGGGAUAUGAUUGCGUCGGUCGCGGUAGUGUCAGAUUCUAGUUCGAGUCGAGAUGCGGCCACCAGUCCGGAGCCGAGUCGACGAUCAUCUUCCAAAUCCAUAUGCUUCCAUCCCCUUCCCUCGUAUAUACCUAAGAAGGUCGCGGACAAAGUGGCCAAGAUGGUGCAACAGGGAAUCAUCACCGUCACCAGUUGCAAUCCAGGUGACAUGAUAUUGAUAGUCUGGGACAACACACACCGCAACUAUGCGGUGUAUCAGGAAUCUACGACCCUUUAUUUUCUACAUUCGGACUACGUUGACGCACUGGACAUAGGGAUAAACUCGAGCGGUUCUCGGAAAUGCGUUCUCGCUGAAGUGAUCGAUAAGGAGUAUUGUCACGCGAGAAAGCAUGAAAAUCGGUAUCACGUCCCACGUGGCACGAAAUUUUACAGAGUGCGCGCUAAACCGCGAGAUGUACGCGCAUUGACGGACGAAACGGGUGCGGGAAUGUCGCAAAGUCAACUACCGUAACUCUACCAUAAAUUCAGAAAUCUAAAUGUCGAGAAUCCUCGGAUUCUUGCCUAGUACAAGCGCUGUGAUCGAGGAUUUGCGUCGACAGGUCACGUUUUGUCACGAGACCCAGUUACCCGGAACGCAAAUCCCGAACUUACGUCUCCGCAACCAUCCGGAAAACCUCUAGGCUAAAACCUGCCAGAGCCUCUAGACGCAUCCUUGAUAUCGAUGAACAUUAGGGCGAUGAUGAUCCUCGAUUGAAUGAGGUAUGUGCAAGUUGGAUAAACACGUAAAGAGAGAUGGAAGGAUGCGCCGGCGUUUUUUAUUGUGAUAUAAGUAAUUUUUAAACGAGUGAAACAUAUAUGCCGAAUGCUGUGGUUAGCUGUGAAGCGUAACGAUAUUUGUAUUCUUUGACUCUUUUCUUUUUCCAUAAAUGAGAAAACAAAAGUAUGUGAAUGCGGUCGACGAUUACUUUUUCAAUAAUUUGAUAGGCUGACCAAUAGAAUGAGAGAGAGAGAGAGAGAAAGAGAAAAGAGAUUGUUUGACUUCAACAUUAGAUGUACGAUGCGAGAAGACGAAAGCGAGUCUCUCGAGCAACGUUCAGCUUUCCCUUAUCGCACUUCGAUAAUUACCUUUGCAUUAUACGAAACAAGAAAAAAACGUAAUCGUAAGUUUUACAAAACGAUAUAGGAGAGAGUAUAUGUGCGAUUUAUGUAUUAUAAAUACAUGAUAAUCGCAUUAGGUAAUUAAUACAUAUAUG